GCCCUGGCCCGAGCCCGUCUCUCUCUCCUUCAUCUCUCUCGUCUCCCCUUUCGAAAGUCCCCCGCAGGGGUGUUUCCUCCAUUUGUCCUACAGCAGCCACUGCUCUUCUCUUCUCUUCUCUACCAUCUCCACCACAACCACCUCCACAAUGAACUUCACAACCAAAAACAUCCUUUGUACGGGGAAGACAGGAACAGGGCUGUGCACUAGGGCACUCCGUCUCCGCUGUGGCAUCUCUUCGCCAUGGUCUUUACGGCUGUCUUGGGCAGCCAGAACGUACGCCACGCAGCCCGGUGCCGGGUGGCCCGAGCAGCAGCCGGGCGCCAGCAUCUCCAGCACAGACCUUGUCAAGUACGGCGUCCCGAGCGUGCUCUUGCUAGGCACGAUCCUGCUCGUCUCGAGGAAGGACGCUCCGGCAGGCCAGACUGCGCCGGCGGAACCAGCACCCCCUGCGACAGCUGCUGCCGCCGCACAGACGGCAGCCAAGGAGAGCUUUAUUCAGGUCGGCCAGUACACGUUCCACCAGCGAGAGGUCGAGGAGGCGUUCAUUGCGGAUCCAGACCGGUUUAUCGACGACGUGCUGCAUCUGUCGGCAGACUUGGCGCCCCUCUCCGCCACCGCCGACUCUGCCGCCGGCAGCAGCGCCCGCUACAGAGCACUAUGUCUCUUCGCACGGAACAUCCUCCUCGUCGACUCCGCUUGCUCGUCCGACGUGCUCCGGAUAGCCCGAAUCCAUUUCGAGAAGGUCGUACGGGCCGAGCGGGAGACCGUUGCCUACAGACUUGCCCUCUCCGGCCGUGCUGUGCGUCGCAGCGUCGCCGGCCUUUUUAAAGCGCUGGGCAGCUACAUUAGCAGCCACUGCUCCGCAUUGGCUGGCAUCGUUGGAGACCAAUGGCUUCUGCUCUGGCACAGAGUCACCGUGCUCUUCUAGUCUUGUAGCCAUGUAGCCAUGUAUCAACAUUUGCAGUGAAUCUGACACCAAGGCGCGACAGACAAGGGAAGGAGCUGGACGGCUUGGCUGACCCCGCUGAUCAAUACAAACGGAUCGCAUUUUGUCGGCGC